CCCUCCUCUUCGUUGCCUCGCUGGAAAAUGGCUGUGCAGGGGAGCAGGGAGUUCUGAACGGGAAAAGAAAAAGAAGGCGAAGUGAAAAAGAGAAGAGCUUUCCCCAAGUUCCGCGCACCACUGGAAGCUGCCGUGUCAUUUCCCCACAGUGGACUGACUCCAUUUGACCUUUUGCAACUUUUCGAGCGACGCCACUGAAAAAUCAAAAGACACAAGAAAUAUCGACGGGUUGGUCAUAAUCCCUAUCCAGAACAUGUGGGAGCUUUACGGAACCGAAGAGGAUUAAAGACCGUCCCACUCCGCCACUGGUACUCCAAUUUAGGCCACUUCAAUCGAGCCCAGCGACACACGGUCCUCCACUGGCAAAUUUUGAAGCCGGUUGCUCCCUUAGCAUCUGUUCGCCGCUUUAAGGAGCAUGUUGCCUACGCUCUCCCUAUGCUCCAUCAUCUGGCUCAACCGGGGUAUCAAGCUGCGGAAAGUGCACCACUUCAACACUGGUCAAGUCUGAAAUAAGCCAGCGAAGGUCAAAUGCUACCUUGCGGACUUGUGAAAAUGCUUCUAAGAUUCGGGUGACUCCGCGGGUCCUCUGCGCCCCCACCAAAACCACCCUACGAUAUUCAACUUUUGAUUUGCCGCUCUCUCAGUGGGAUUUCUUCCAAGCCGGACCACGAAUCGUCGUCUAAUCCUCCGUGCGGCGGCCAUUUUGAAUUGUGCUCAUUUGGUAAAAUGGCGACAGAAGGUUUCCAGUACCGUGCCCUCUACGCGUUCACCAAGGACCAGGAAGAGGACUUGGAUCUGCAACCAGGUGACCUGCUGAUGGUGAGCAAGGCAUCGCUGCUGUCUGUAGAGAACUACCACGAAGGUUGCGAGGAGAAGCCGGAAUGCCUUGGCUGGCUUCUUGGUUAUAACGAGCGCUCCAAGCAGAGAGGCGACUUCCCUGGGACGUACGUCCAAUAUGUGGGCCCUGUCAAAAUGGCCAUCCCGUCCAGUCAACCCAGGUCUCAGCGACCCUUACCUGCUGCUCCCACACCAGAGUCAUGUCAAGCUGCUUCGCUGCCCGACCUGAGUGAGCAGUUCACACCACCAGAGACGGCUCCCGCCGCCCUCGUCAGCCUGAUCCAAGCCAUAGAGCAGAGAGGCCUGGACUCGCCAACUUUGUACAGGACAAGUUCUUCCAUUUCAGACAGUCCAAUGCACAGCUUGAGUCCUGAGAGUGAUAUCACUCAGACGGAUGUGGGCAUCUUGUCAGAGUGUGUCUUGCACUACUUGAGAGAGCUCUCCUCGCCUGUCAUCCCUGCCUGUACCUAUGCUCAUCUACAAAGCGCUAUCGCACGGCAGCAGCAGUCCCUAGAGCAGUCAGCAGAUGGCGCGGUAGCUGGCAGUCAUGACCGAGAGGUAAGCCGGGUCCUGGAGAACUCCACCACUGUCCCUCUCCAUCACCGCUUCACCCUGCAGUACCUCCUCGCACACCUGACCAAAGUGACGCAGGCACAGGCCAGCAAUGCCUUGGACACGCACACGCUCGGAAAGAUUUUUGGACCGCUGCUGAUGUGGACAGGUCCCUCCACUCCAAUGUUGUCAUUGGAUGAAGAGUUGCCUGGUCUUGUAGUGGAAAGGCUUCUGAUUGAGAGAAUGAUAGAACAAGAUCUCACGCCACCAGUUCUUCCAGUGAAGCCAUUAAAGACAAAAGUGGCACCAUCAGCCAUAACGGACACAAGCACCCUUCUCAGUGAUGCUGAAUGGUACUGGGGAGAUAUAUCCAGAGAGGAGGUAAAUGAAAAACUGCGAGACACUCCGGAUGGCACCUUCCUCGUCCGAGAUGCUUCAAGCAAACUGGAGGGUGAAUACACCCUCACUCUAAGGAGAGGGGGAAACAACAAACUGAUUAAGAUCUACCACAGAGAUGGCCGCUACGGCUUCUCAGAGCCGCUGACCUUCCUGUCCGUGGUUGAGCUGAUCAACCACUACAGACACGAAUCCUUGGCCCAGUACAAUGCGAAGCUGGACACGAAACUUCUCUACCCUGUUUCAAAAUAUCAACAGCUGGUGAAGGAGAACAGCAUAGAAGAAGUCGGUGAGCAGCUGAAAGUCUAUCAUGAGCAGUACCAGGAGAAGAGUCGCGAGUACGACACCUUGUACGAAGAGUACACACGCACCUCACAGGAGCUGCAGAUGAAGCGCACAGCCAUUGAGGCCUUCAACGAGACCAUAAAAAUAUUCGAGGAGCAAUGUGAGACUCAGGAGCGCUACAGCAAAGAGUCUUUGGAGCGCUUCCAGCGGGAGGGCAAUGAAAAGGAGAUCCAGAAGAUCCAGAGCAACUCUGAGCGUUUGAAGUCUCGCGUGAAGGAGAUCCAUGACAGCAAGCGAAAGCUGGAGCAGGACUUAAGAGAGCAGGUCUCUGAUAACAGAGAAAUCGAUAAGAAGAUGAACAGCCUCAAGCCAGAUCUCAUGCAACUCCGCAAGAUUCGAGAACAGUACUUGAUAUGGCUAACACAGAAGGGCACACGGCAGAAAAAGAUUAACGAAUGGCUCGGCAUAAAGAAUGACGCCGAUGACUCAUACUCGCUGGGGGACGACGAGGGCUCGCCCCAUCAUGAUGAAUGCACCUGGUACGUGGGAGACAUCAAGCGCACCCAAGCCGAGGAAUUGCUGAGAGGCAAAUGUGAUGGAACCUUCCUCAUCCGGGAGAGCCAAUCACAGAAGGGCUCAUAUGCCUGCUCUGUUGUCGUUGACGGUGACACCAAACACUGCGUCAUCAACAAGACCACCACAGGCUACGGAUUCGCCGAGCCGUACAAUCUCUACUCGUCCCUCAAAGAUCUGGUGCUUCACUACAAAAACGUCUCCUUGAUCCAACACAAUGACCAGCUGAAUGUAAAUCUAGCAUACCCAGUGCUAGCCCGCUCUCAGAAUCACAACCAGCACCCAAGAUGAAUUCACCACCAGCAGACAAGGGACACAAACAGGGUGGGGAAAUUUUCACUCAGACUCUGAAGAAGGGGUCGUUGUGUUUAAGUGGCAAGUAAAAUCAGCUUAACAAGCAUGACUCUAGCGGGAGGCUGUGGUAUGCUAGCGCUUCUUGCUAGCAGCAUGGCCUCACUUUAAGCAUAGCAGACUUGUAACUUCAGCACUGUACAGUUAGCCCGACACGGUUUGUACAGUGGAAGUUGCACAAACCUCAAGCACACAAAAAUAACUUUUUGGGGAUGGAGAGAUGGUGGGAUGAUGGGAAUUUUUACAGGAGGCCCUCUUUUUUUUUUUUUUUUUCUGCCUUAAACACAUGAUAGUUGUUUAUAGACAAAGGCCCAAACUGUUAUCCCCAGACUGCCUGCAAACUCUCUGUAGACAAAAGCCUGUGAAAAGGACUGGCUUGGCUAAACCAGGCUGCUUGCUUCACACCUUAAAGCGGGCGAGAAAGCGUUGGACCAGAGUGGUGUAGUCACUGGAGACAUUUUGUGGAGCGGGGUUAUAGACAAGACUAAUUGAAUUUGACGCUUGUGUAAGUACCGUAGUAAUAGCUUUGAAUGACCACAAGCCUGUGUCGCAAGUAGAGAGAAGCGGGAGAGAAAGGCUGUCAAAUAGACAAAGCUGCAGCUUUAAAAUACACAAUAUUGGGGGGUCAGAUGUUCUUUAUUUUCAACUGCUUUGACUUGUUCAUCUGCUUGAAUUGACGAGGUACAACAAAAACAAAAAUGCACGGUACAUCUCGUGAAAGACGUACAUUGAUAAAUGCAGUUCCUCAGGAUUCAGAUUUGACUGAAAUAGCGAAAAAUCUCCUGCAUCCAACUUGCCGUUCUUUCAUUUUUUUGGGGUCUUCUUUCAGACUGUAGCAGCCAUUGACUUAACUGUUAGUGCUUAUUGUUAGUGUCUGCUUACUUUACGUUAAAGAAGGCACUUGCAGAGCAUCAAUCUAUGUGAUUAUUGUAUCUUCGGUACUGUACUUUGCUUUGUUACUAGUUAGACUGUUUCCGCGGUCCUUGCAGGUGUUUUUUUCUUACGGUACUUCCUUCUUGCGCUUGACUGUUGUUUUUUGUCACGAGCUUGACUCACAGAGCUGUAGAACUUUUAAUGUACAGAGAAAAAAAGCAGUAAUAUAAGAGUAUAUUUCAGCCAUACAUGCAGUCAGCGUAUGUGAGCUUGUGUUUUGUUUUUGUUUUUUUCCCCGAGUGGCGCUUAGAUUCCGUUUUGUGCAUCCAGCUAAUGUGAGCCAAAUGAAGGAUGUGUUUUUCAUGUAGCAAGAAUGACAUUUUUUUUUUUUCGGGUUGUGGUCAGAGAGAUUACAGAGGGUCCUUCAUGUUUGCUUUUCUACUUGUGUUUAAACAGUGUUUAACAAAUUUAUUAGAUGGUCAGGAUUAUGUUUCAGCACCAUUGACUAUGGUAGGCAUUAAAAAAAUAAUAGGAGGAAAGUCAACAGCAGGUUAGAUUCAGAUGUUGGGGUAUUGUACAGAAGAAAAAAAACAUGGGCCAUGACAAUAGACAUCAAGUUCAUUUGAACUGGUAUAGCUAGCAUUAAAUAAUCAUGUUUCAAUGGAUUGGAUGUUUAUCGGUAAAAUAGUAGCCAAAAGUUAAAUACGACUUAACCUAGGCAGUGAUUCUUUUGCAAAGUCAAUACGCUAAUAAUUUUGUUAAGCACUGUACAUUGAUGCAUGGUGCGAGGUUGUACUAUGCACAACUAAUAAUAUGCAGAGAAGAAUCAGUUUCCCACUUCAAUGCGAUUUCACCUCUUCUCCCAUGUUUGGUUGAAUUCAGGUCUCACUUUCCAAGCACAAUAGUCGCUAGUACAGCCAUUGUUAAACUCACCUACCAUACUCUUGCCAAAAAAGGAAGAAAUAGUAUUUUUAUAGAGCGGUUGUGCGGAGGAGAUAAAAGUCAUGAGUAUUUUUGGAUUAAAAAGUGGCAAAACUCCAUUUUUCGAAUGCAAGAAGAAUGAUUUGAAGGGCUAAAAAACAAUUUUUUUUUUUUUUUUUUUUUUUUUUACUUUCCAAAUGUUAUUUCCACCAUUUAGCCAGGUCUAUUCAUUUGUACUGUACUUUGCACACACUUCUUUGGCAGAGUUGAACAUAGAGGUGAGGUUAGUGCUUGAAAGAAAAACGAAAUAGAAUUAAAAAAAAAAAAAAAGUGCGUGAAAGAUUAGAAGUGCCUUUCGUAAAUAGCGAUGAGCGUAUUCGAUCCACUCUGUUGUUGUUGUUGUUGCGCCUGCCAUGCUUUCACAAAAAUGUGCGCGUGUGUGUUGUUAUUAGCUGUCUUGAUUUUUAGUUGUGCCUCUUUGUUUCGAUGUAUUGUUGAAUGCUAACAAGUCGUCGCUUUCACUUUGCACACAAGCUCUCUUUUUAGGAAUUGUCUUGUGUCUAUGUUUCAAUACGACUCGGACAAUAAUGUGAACAUCUGCGGUUGAGUGUAGUCGCUCGGAGAAUAAUGCAUGCAGAAUUUUUGAACUACUAGUUCUGUACGUGUUGACAUCGCUAACAUCCAUUAUACUGUUUUUGGACCAACACUUUUUAUUUUUUUAAACAGCACUUUUUUGUCUGUUUCACACAAGAAAUGUCAGUACUGGCAAAAAGUUGGGGUCAACCUAAAAUAUAGAAUUUAACAAUCAUUCACUGUUUCAGUUGAUAAUUUGGAAGCUAUUUCCACACAGUAUUCAGUAUUUCCAUGCACUUUGGUCCUCACUGCUAAUUUGUUUCCAGGCUAAUACAGCCCCUAGCAAAAAGUAUGGAAUCACCAGUCUCGGACGAGCACUCACUCAGACAUUUUAUCAUGUAGCAAAAACUCAGAACAAAUAAUGAAUUAGUUCAAAAGUGCAACUCUUUAGCAUUCAGAAACACUAAAAGAAAUGAAUAAAAAACGUGGUGGUGGUCAGUAAAUGUUACUUUUAUGGAGCAAGUGCAGGGAAAUAUACUGUAUAUGGAAUCACUCCAUUCAGAGGAAUAAAAUUUGGAAUCAUGAGAAGCAAAAAAAUAACAAUCAAAACACAUCUGUAGUAUUUAGUGGCACCACCUUUGGCUUUUAUGGCAGCUUGCAGUCUGAUGCAUAAACUUGAUGAGUAUUCUUCAUCAUUUUGGUGCCAAGUUGCCAACUCUCUUUGAUUGCAGUUGCCAGAUCAUCCUUGCAGGUCGGAGCCUUGCUGUGGACCUUUUUUUUUUUUUUUUUUUUU